UUGAGCCAAAAAGCAAACUUUUCUUUUUUCAUGCUUCUAUUUUACUGUAUAGCAAAGCAUUACCAAACACUGAUAAUAACCCCACAUUUCCAUCCCAAGAUUUCAUGUUUUCUUUGUUGAGAUUUCUCUUUGCCUUUUACUUCAAAGGAAGGUUUCCUUUUGGCAUAUGCUUCAAUUAAGGAAGGUCUAUUUUCCCAUUUCUAAAAGGGUCCCUCUUUUUUGUUUUCUUGGUAUUUUUGCAUAUUUGAGAAAUGGGAUUCUUGAUUUGAAAAUGGCUUCAUUUCCCAAAUGGGGUUUGGAGAUUUUAGGAGUAUAAGAGAUCUGGGGUUUGGAUUUUUCUUCAUUGUAGUGAGUAGAGGUUGUGUGUAGUGUUGGUAGAGGCUUACUUCUACUUGUGGGAUCUCAUCAUAAAUAGGUUUCAAUAAGAUGGCAUCUGACCUUAAUUUCGAACUGUCUAAGAAAACUCAUAUAUUUCAUCUCAAGGUGUGGGUUUUAUUAGCCAUCUUUGUUGGACUUUUUAUUGUGGUAAUUCUUUUGCUGCUGCCGUUUUGUUCUUCUCGUAAAAAAUCAAGAAAAUCUCAUGAUACACUACCCAUAAGCAAAAUUCCUUCUGUGUGCAAAGAAAUAAGAGUUGAUCAAAACUCAGCAAGCAACUAUGGGAGCCACUAUAGGAAUCCCCUUGCAUUUCAAGACACAUACUGUGAGAAAGAUUCCGAUAAGCUUUUGGCACAUUCAAAUAUUGACAAGAUGAAAGAUUUUGACAUUAAUAGUCAAUCAGGUUCAUUUAAUUAUUUAGACAAAGACGGAACAUUUGAGUCUGGGGAAAAGGGAGUUGCCGGAACAGUAAAUCAUCCUUCACAUCCUGCGAAUGUCCCGUCCCCUCUCUCUGGUUUGCCUGAGUUCUCUCACCUAGGUUGGGGCCAUUGGUUUACUCUGAGGGACCUUGAAACUGCAACCAACAAGUUUGCUAAGGAUAACAUCAUUGGAGAGGGUGGUUAUGGCAUUGUUUACCGGGGACAGCUGAUUAACGGAACUGAAGUUGCUGUUAAAAAGCUAUUGAAUAAUUUAGGACAAGCAGAGAAAGAAUUUCAAGUGGAAGUUGAGGCCAUCGGUCAUGUCCGACAUAAGAAUUUGGUUAGACUUUUGGGCUACUGUAUUGAAGGAACUCACAGGUUACUGGUUUAUGAGUGCGUAAACAAUGGGAAUUUAGAGCAGUGGCUACAUGGAGCUAUGCAACAGCACGGAUAUCUUACAUGGGAAGCACGGAUGAAGAUUCUCCUUGGCACUGCUAAAGCUCUUGCAUAUUUACACGAGGCAAUUGAGCCCAAGGUGGUGCAUCGUGACAUCAAGUCAAGCAACAUAUUGAUAGAUGAUGACUUCAAUGCAAAAAUUUCUGAUUUUGGCCUGGCCAAGUUGCUAGGUGCAGGGAAGAGUCACAUUACAACCAGAGUUAUGGGCACCUUCGGAUAUGUAGCUCCUGAGUAUGCAAAUAGUGGUCUACUGAAUGAAAAGAGUGAUGUAUACAGCUACGGUGUUGUGCUUCUGGAAGCCAUCACUGGAAGAGAUCCUGUGGAUUAUGGUCGCCCUGCUCCCGAGGUGAAUCUUGUUGACUGGCUCAAGAUGAUGGUUGGCAGCAAACGCUCGGAAGAAGUAGUCGAUCCAACAAUCGAGACAAGGCCUUCCACAACCGCCCUUAAACGAGCUCUAUUGACUACUUUAAGAUGUCUUGAUCCAGAUUCAGAUAAGAGGCCAACAAUGAGUCAAGUCGUUCGAAUGCUUGAAUCUGAGGAAUAUCCUAUACUACGAGAGGGACGGAGACGGAGAAAGAAUCAGGCAGGUGCUGUAGACACAGAAUCUCAUAAUCGGAAAUCUACAGAUAGCAGUGAUAGACCAAUUUUGAUGACGAAAACUAGAAGUGAUCAUCGAACAAAUGCAUAAACUUGAACUACAAAAGUUACAGUGAGCUGAAAUGAUUGAAAUGGCACAAAAAAGAGCCAUAUAUAAAUACAUAUCUAUAGUUUCUUCCAUUUGGUAUUUCUUAUAGUAUGCUAAUAGAUGUUUGAGAUAAUCAUUUUUUGUGUGUAUGAAAGUCAGAGUCAUUGAGUUAGUAUAUAAAAAUUCCUCAUUUUUGACUCUGUGUUCUUUACAGAUAUGGGUAAUGUAUAGAUAGUUGACAACUUGACAUGCCCUUUUAGCAAAAGAGAUGUAAAAGGUUUCAUUU